AUGUCUUGUGAAUCGCCUGGAUCUUCCUCCAAAUCCUCUUCACCGUGUUCCCUUGCUCUUACUGAAUCGACCCUACACAAUCACAACCGACGUAUGAACCAUGCGUUGACACCUACUACAGCGACGUCUAUCCCUGUUUAUCGCAAUCAUGACGACGACGACAACGACAGUGAUUCAACUUCAUCCGGUGCACAGCUACAACAAAGCGAAAAUAGUAAUCCUGAUUUGGAGUCAUCCGAUGAGGAACCUGAACGCCCUGACCUUAGUUAUCUCAAUUGGAAAAACGACGACGUCGACGACGACGACGACGACAAUAAUGACAAUAGUACAGAAAUCAGCAAUGUCAUUGUACCUGUUGCCACCACCACCAUUUCUACCCCUGUUACAUCCGUAGUUCAUUCUACACUACCAAGCUCUCCACGAUCGCCUUCAUUGACGCGAUCACCGUCUAUUGGCACGCCAGAACACACUACGAUGAAACGGGGCUUUAUCUGUCCUAACCAAAGACCUAACCGUCCGAUUAAUAUAUCGACAUCGGGUGCUAGCAUAACAAGUACAAGUACCGUCAGCAGCCUCACUAAAACCUUUACAACCUUAUCGAAUAAUAACAAUACGGUCAAAACCAACAGCUAUCACAAUGAUAGCGGACCACUGUCAAAUCGAUUAUCGAACGCAGAAACCUUCGCAGCACCAGCUGCGCAAGCGAUCCGACCAUCACCAUCACUGUCAGCGAUAGCAUUUUCAGCAAAAAACCAACCCGUAGCCAGCAGCAGUAGCACUGCAGACAGUAUCACGCGCAAUGAAGGGACACCGUCGCUUAACAUUAAUCAUAGUAAUACCGUGAGCGGCUCGGAUUUCACAUCUCCUUUGACUCCAAACGAAUAUGACAAUCACAAAGGGAAGGCAAAGCAAUCACAGGGCCGAUGUCAGGAUAAAGAUGUUUCAAAAAAUGAAUCAAGGCUACCAGAAAAGGAGAAAAGACAGCCAAGUUGCUCGCCCUCUCCCGGACCGAGUUGUCCUAUCAAACGUCCUUUGGACAAUCAACCACCCGUAAAAAAGCUGCCACGACAAGAAGGUCACCCCGCGCCUUCAUUAGCCCAGGCUGCUCCCUGCACACCCCAUCCGACGCCCUCAAAACCCUUAACGCCAUCAGCACCACAAGCGAGUAAACCCAACGACCUGCCACCGGGCUUUGAUAUGAUUACCUUUCGAGGUAAACAAUAUGUCCAACUCAAUCACAUCAAGUCCGGUGGAUCAAGUCGUGUAUACAAAGUCAUGGGCUUAGACCGAACUGAAUAUGCGUUGAAAGAUAUCAUGAUUGACAGGUUCAAUACAACCCAGUUUGACUUGUACAUUGAAGAAGUUAUACUUUUAAAACAAUUACAAGGCAAUGACUGCGUGAUACGAAUGUAUGAUUACGAGGUUUCGAGAAGUAAAUGCCAAUUGCGUUUGCUUUUUGAAUACGGAGAAAUUGAUCUUGCUAGCUAUCUUCAUCACAACAAGCUCAACAUUUACGAAAUUAGGCAUUUUUGGCGAAAGAUGGUAGAAGCUACCCAGCUAUUACAUCAAAGAAAGAUUGUACACUCAGACCUGAAGCCUGGCAACUUUGUCAUGGUGAAGGGUAGAGUUAAGAUAAUAGAUUUCGGUAUCGCAAAGGCGAUCAAUGGGAACACGAUGAAUAUCCGAAGAAACUCAAUUUAUGGCACACCAAACUACAUGGCACCAGAAGCCCUUGACGAUAUCUUUAGUACGAUGCCAAACAAUAAUGAAGAAGACAUGGAUGAUUUGGAUUUGGACGAAGAGGAGGCCAAGAAAGAACUGUAUAAGCUCGGUCCACCGGCCGAUAUCUGGGCUUUGGGUAUCAUACUGUAUCAAAUGGUGUACGGUGUCACUCCAUUUAAUAAACACCCAAACAAGGAUGCGGCGAUACGAAAGGCACCUGUUCACUAUCCGCAGAAAAGUCGGCUUGGAGAAGAAGUGACGCCUCAGUUACUGGAUGUAAUGGAACAAUGCUUGGAUAAGGACCCCAAAAAUCGACCGACUGCUGAUCGUCUUCUCCGGCACUGGUUUCUUCGCUCAUAG